GUUGUACUGCUUCUCAGUACGCUGUAUUCAUUGAUUUAACAUAGUUAGCACACGUACAACGUUCAGGCAGCUACUAAGACACGAUACAAGAUGUCUGAGGCGUCAACUGUCUUCAAGAACUGCGAUGUCGACGGAGACGGAUACAUCAGUACCGAGGAGCUGAAAACGGCCCUGACCGAUCUGGCGAUCAUACCAACUGAGAAUCUCAUCCAGGGUAUAAUGGACCACUAUGAUGAAGAUGCCAACGGGAAACUGGAUUUUGAAGAGUUUGAAAAACUCGUCAAGGAUCUCAAGAAAUUCGGAGAGGCGGACCCCGAGGAGGUCCUUGAUAUGUUCAAUACUAUCGAUCAGGACAAGAGUGGGUACAUCGACGAGGAAGAACUCCGCCAGGCGAUGACAGAAAAGUUUGACACCGACGACCAGACUAUCAAGGCCAUGGUCAAGAUGGCUGACAAGGACGGGGAUGGGAAAAUCAGCAUCUCCGAGUUCAUCGGUAUCAUAAUGAGCCUCAGCUAAACCAGAGGUAUCCAAGUUAACCCUCAGCCUACUAAUACAGCCGUGGCACUAUAAUUGUAUUGGUUAUGGUUAUGGAGUUAGGCAGCGGAGAGAAGGUUAAAGGUCUAAGUCUCCGAUUUCAUCCAGGACUGCGUCAGCUUCAAAGAAUAACCGCCAGGUGGCGCUAUUUCACCAAUGACUAUCAACUACAAUGUACUAGUAAUAUACUAUUAGCCAUUCUACUGAAUGUACCAAUCUAUACCAAUCUGAAUGUACCAUCAAUAUUUUCCAUAAUAAUGGCUGGACUUUUUGAAUCAAUGUCACUAUAUUUGUAUCUAUAUUUAUAUUAUCAAAUGUUUUCUUCCACAUCGUCUUUAUUUUCACAAUACUUAAAUAGUCUGCCCUAAUUUUGUACCGAAGAAUUGUGAUCCAAUUUGAAAGACAUGUAUCAAACAAUGAUUCUCUCAUAUGAGAGCUAUUCACAAAUUCACGGCCACGCCCUGUGAUUCUUUCGCUUGUAUAGAUGGCUAAGCCGAAUAGUCCAGUAUCGGUAAACACUAAAUUUUAUUUAUCGAUGACCAGUGGCGAUCUAUGUAAGGAAAGUUACCGCUGCCCGAUGUAUUCCAACGGGUAUGGGCAAAACAGCAUCAGAAUAAAAGAGUUCUUCUGUCGA